CAGACGCUUCGGCUAGUUAGUUAGCUUUUAGUGACGUUUAACAGGUUUGAUAUUUAAUUGGAAUAAGGAAAAAUGACUGAAGAGUCGGCAGUGAAAGUGUGUGUUCGAGUCCGUCCUUUAAUCACCAGGGAAGAGAAUUCCACAUCAGAGAACUCAGAGCCUGUGACACACUACUGGAAAGCUGAUAAGAAAUCAGUCUAUCAGAAAGAUGAUGGGAAUUCAUCCAAGAACUUCACUUUUGAUCGAGUGUUCACUGCUGAUGAAACGACUAAUCAGCUGUACCAGGACAUUGCAAAGCCUUUGGUGGUUUCAUCUGUUGCAGGAUACAAUGGAACUGUAUUUGCUUAUGGACAGACAUCAUCCGGGAAGACUUUCACCAUGAUGGGCAGCGAUCGUAAUCCCGGUGUGAUCCCUCUGGCUGUGGAUGACGUCUUCCAGACUAUUAAAACUUAUCCAAUGAAGGAGUUUCUGCUCCGGGUCUCUUACAUGGAAAUCUACAACGAAACUGUGACUGAUCUGCUGGUUGACAGCUGGAAGAGAAAACCUUUGGAAAUCCGUGAAACCAUCAAUAAAAACAUCUUUGUGGCCGACCUGACUGAGGAGCUGGUGACUUCUCCUGCUCAGGCUCUGGCCUGGAUCCGGAAAGGAGAAAAGAAUCGGCAUUAUGGAAAGACGAAAAUGAACCAACGCAGCAGCCGCUCGCACACCAUUUUCAGAAUGAUUUUGGAAAGCCGUGAGCGGAGUGACCCAGCGUCUGGGGAAAAUGCUGACGGCGCUAUUAUUGUGUCUCAUUUGAAUUUGGUUGAUCUUGCCGGAUCUGAGAGAGCGAGUCAGACUGAAGCCGAAGGGGUGCGUUUCAAAGAAGGAUGCAACAUCAACCGCAGUCUCUUCAUACUUGGACAAGUGAUUAAGAAAGUUGCUGAUGAGGAUCAGAAGGGCUUCACUAAUUACAGGGACAGUAAGCUAACUCGCAUCCUGCAGAACUCUUUGGGUGGAAACGCUAAAACUGUGAUCAUCUGCACCAUCACCCCGGUCACACUGGAGGAAACACUCAGCACUCUGCAGUUUGCCAGCACUGCAAAGAAAAUGAAGAACGACCCUCAUGUCACAGAGGUGUCCGACGACGGGGCUCUGCUCAAACGCUAUCGCAAUGAAAUAGUGGAUUUGAAGCGUCGACUCCAUGAGGCAAGUUCCUCAGUCACACAGACCACGGUGAUGGAGAAAGAGGUUCUCUCCCAUCUUCUGCAAGAAAAGGAUCAACUGCAGCGAGAGCAGCAGGAUAGGAUCCGAAACCUCACCCAGCUGCUGGUCACCAGCUCCAACUUGGUGCCUUCCAAAAAGAUGCCAAAACGACGUGUGACAUGGGGAGGAAAGAUGCAUCGCGUUUCCCGCCCGCCGAUGUACGAUCCAAGUGGCUUUGUAGAGUUAAUGGAGAAGCAGAAAGCAGAGAGGUCCUGCUCCCUGGUGAUGACUGAGUAUGAGGACUUUGACACUCAGUGGGAGAUUCCUGAGGAGCCCUCAGAUGAAAUGGACACAAGUCCGUGCUCUGUGACUGUUCGUAGCUUUGGAGACAGUCCAAAAUACCUCACCUCUCCAGACCUGAUGCAGGAGCUUUCAAAUAAAGUGUCCAACCUGGAGCUGCAGCUGGAAACUGAGACUCGACAGAAAGCCGAGGCUUUGAGUAAAUCGGAAACAUUGGAAAGAAGAGUGGCAGAACUUCAGCUGCAGCUGGAAACGGAUGCUGUGAAUAAACCAGAAACUGCGAGUCAGGUGGAAUCAUUGGAAAGAAGAGUGGCAGAGCUGCAGCUGGAAACUGAGGCUCUGAAGAAACCAGAGGCUUCGAGUCAGGUGGAAACGUUAGAGAAAAGAGUGGCAGAACUUCAGCUGCGGCUGGAAACUGAGCCUCUGAAGAAACCAGAGGCUUCGAGUCAGGUGGAAACGUUAGAGAAAAGAGUGGCAGAACUUCAGCUGCAGCUGGAAACUGAGGCUCUGAAGAAACCAGAGGCUUCGAGUCAGGUGGAAACAUUAGAAAGAAGAGUGGCAGAACUUCAGCUGCAGCUGGAAACGGAGGCUCUGAAGAAACCAGAAACUUCGAGUCAGGUGGAAACAUUAGAAAGAAGAGUGGCAGAACUUCAGCUGCAGCUGGAAACGGAGGCUCUGAAGAAACCAGAAACUUCGAGUCAGGUGGAAACAUUAGAAAGAAGAGUGGCAGAACUUCAGCUGCAGCUGGAAACCGAGACUCUGAAGAAACCAGAAACUUCGAGUCAGGUGGAAACAUUAGAAAGAAGAGUGGCAGAACUUCAGCUGCAGCUGGAAACCGAGACUUGGCAGAAACAGCAAGCCUGCGAGCACAUGCAGACAAUCGACCAGUGGCCAGAGGAGCUCCAGCAUGCUCAGCAGAAGGAGGCCAAUGAGAAGGUGCACAUAUUGGAAUUAAAAGUGGCAGACCUGGAACGCUUGCUGGAAGAACAGAUGCAAAUGAAGAGUGAAGCUGAUGAGAUGAGAAGAGAUUUUGCUGAGUCCAUCCAGCUGUGUGAGAGUCUGGCUUCAGACAGGGCCCGAGUGUCUGCUGAAUGUGACAGUUUGAAGCAGGAACUGGAGUUCUUCAAAGAACAGACCAACAACUUGGAGAAAGAGAACAGAGUUCUGUCUCAGGAACUACAGGAAAAGAUAGAGAUGGAUGAGUUUAAAUAUCUGGAGGAUGCAUGUAGAAAAGAGGAGAGCGAGUUGCAGAAUGAAAGGACCUAUUUGAGGGAGAUGGUCCAAUCUUACGAAGUCAGAUGUCAGGAGCUGGUGAACAAACUAGAAGCUGUGUCUGAAGAACUGAAGAAGAAAACUGAGCUGGCUGAGCAGCUGGAGAGUUUGGGUGGUAAGGACUUGACACAGGAAGUGAUGUCACUGCGGCGUUCUCUGGAUGAUGCUGAGGGACUCAGUAGAGACACAAAGAAGGAGUGGGCGGUCCUGCGGAGCCAGAAGAUUGCUCUGGACGAGACCAACGUGUCCCUCACUGCGAGUCACGAGAAGAUCGAGGUGGAGAUGAAGACUCUGCGCUCUCAGCUUGAAGCUGAGAAAACCCGAUACAGAAAGAUGCAGAGUGACCUCCAGAGGGAGCUGAACUUGGUUUUUGAGGAGAACACCAAACUCACCACUCUCCUGGAUGGAAAAGUCCCAAAAAAUCUGCUGGACAGAGUUGAACUUGAGAGAACCGUGUUAGACCUGAAGAAGGAACUGGCUUCUGCUUGUGAGGCACAUGACUCCUUCAGAGCUCAACUGGAGGAGCUGGCUUCACUUCCAGACAAGGUUUGUGAGCUGACUGAGAAGCUGGGUGCUGUUGAAGCCCAACGUGACAUCCUGUUAUCAGCCCAAAGUCAAAGCCAGCAAGAAGCUCAGCAGCUCAGAGACUCCCUGCAGGUGUCACAGGACCAGUUCUGCAUAAUCCAGGCGGACCUUGUUGCUGCCGUGCAGAGAGAAGAGGAGCUGAUGCAGCGACGUGUUGACACGACGGCACAGCUGGAGCUGCUUCGUUCAGACCUGCAGCUCGCUGCUUCUGAGAAGAGUCAACUACUGGCUUCCAUCAAACAAACGGGCCUGAAACUGGAGCAGAGUGAACUUCAAAGAUCGUCGCUGGAGGAGAAGGCGACUGUCCUGCAGCAGCUUGUGAAGGAUCUGGAGGAGAAGCUCGCCAACAGUGAACUUUCAAGAACCACACAGGAGACUGAGGAACUGCAGGGACAGCUGAGCAGAGAGCUUCAGGCAGGUGACGUUCAGAGUCCUGUAGAGGAGGUGGAAUUCCUGAAGACCACAGUUUCUGCUCUGACAGCAGAGAGAGACCAGCUGAAGAUGGACCUGCAGGAAAAUGUGGAGAUGAUGAUUGAGAAUCAGGAGGAGCUCAGGACAGCUUUGGAGAAGAACCAAAAGCAGAAGGAACAUAUUAAAUAUCUGGAAGCGGCAAAAAUGACAGACGAGAACUAUGCACAGCUGGAGGAGCUGCAACAUCAGCUGAGGGGUCUGAGUGAGGAUCUGGAGCUUGUGCGAGCGGAGAGAGACGGUCUGCUGUCUGAGAGGACGUCCGGCGGUCCCGCUGACCGAGGAGACAUGGACGAGCUGCUCGCCAAAGUGGCGUCUCUCAGCGAGGAGAGAGACGAGCUGCAGGGGGCGCUGGAGGCACUGAGAGAGCAGAAGAACCAGCUCAAAGCAGAGCUGGAGGACAAGAUGGAAAUGGUUGUCCAGGCUGGAUGUAACCAGCAUGAACUACAAGAACACCAAACAAAAGAACUACAGCUUCAGCAAGAGGUGGCUGAAACUCAAGACCUUCUUGAAUCCCUUGAAGAAGAACUUCUAGAGCAGAAGCAAAAGCUGUCUCAUAUGGAAAAACUUAGUCAGCAGAAGGAAUCUGAUUUGGAGCAACAUCUGAGGAGUCUGACUGAGCAUCUGGAACGUGUGCGAGCGGAGAGAGACGGUCUGCUGUCUGAGAGGACGUCCGGCGGUCCCGCAGACCGAGGAGAUGUGGACGAGCUGCUCGCCAAAGUGGCGUCUCUCGGCGAGGAGCGAGAUGAGCUGCAGGGGGUGCUGGAGGCACUGAGAGAGCAGAAGAACCAGCUCAAAGCAGAGCUGGAGGAAAAGAUGGAAAUGGUUGUCCAGGCUGGAUGUAACCAGCAUGAACUACAAGAACACCAAACAAAAGAGCUGCAGCAAGAGCUUGAGCAGCUUCAUGAAACUCUGCAAGUUGUGAACGAGCAGAAGGAUCAGUUAGAGGGAGAACUUCAGCGCCGUGUGCAGACGGUUGCAGAGAGUCGAGAGCUGCUUCGUUCCCUUCAAGAAGAACUCCAAGAGCAGACACAAAGAAACUUGAAGCUGGAAAGAACCAGUCACCAGAGUCGAGAUCAGCUGGAAGUGCAGAUUAAAUCUUUAAGAGAGGAGCUUGAAAGUGUGCGAGCAGAAAGAGCUGCUCUGCUGUUUGAGAAGACAACCAGCCUUCAGACAUCCGGACGAGGUGAGGAGGAGCUGGAAGUUCUGAGACAGGAGGAGCUCCAGCUCGGAGCCCAGCUGGAGGACAGGGUGGAACAGGUCCAGCAGCUUGAGCAACACCUGAACAGGUCAAAGGAGGAGGUGAACCAGCUCAGGAAGGCCCUCCAGGAGAAAAUAGAACUGGUUUCCUCAACUCAAGACUCUCUGAGAGCGGUUCAAGAAGAGCUGCGUGAAGAAAAGGAGGCACGCUGUUAUUUGGAGAAGCUGAGCAAAGAGAAGGAAUGUUCUUUUGAUGAACAGAUGAAGAAACUAACCGAGAACCUGAGAAGUGCUGAAGCAGAGAGAGGCGGUCUUCUGUCUAAGACCAUGCACUUACAGGAGUCAUCAGAGGAGAUCGAGAAGCUGCUGCUCAAAGUGACACACCUCAGCCAGGAGAAAGAUACACUGGAGGGUGUGAGGCAGGAGAAGAUGCAGCUCCACACCCAGCUGGAGGAGAAGGAAACGCUUCAGACUGAGCAGGUCGUGCAGUUGAAGAAGCUGCAGACUGUGACGGAGCAGAAGGUGGAGCUGGAGAAGCAGCUGCAGAAGGUGGAGCUGCAGACUGCCACGGAGCAGAAGGUGGAGCUGCAGACUGAGCUGCAGACUGCGACGGAGCAGAAGGUGGAGCUGCAGAAGGUGGAGCUGCAGACUGCGCUGCAGACUGUGAUGGAGCAGAAAAAGGAGCUGCAGACUGCGACGGAGCAGAAGGUGGAGCUGGAGAAGGAGCUGCAGACUGCGACGGAGCAGAAGGUGGAGCUGGAGAAGGAGCUGCAGACUGCGACGGAGCAGAAGGUGGAGCUGGAGAAGGAGCUGCAGACUGCGACGGAGCAGAAGGUGGAGCUGGAGAAGGAGCUGCAGACUGCGACGGAGCAGAAGGUGGAGCUGGAGAAGGAGCUGCAGACUGCGACGGAGCAGAAGGUGGAGCUGGAGAAGGAGCUGCAGACUGCGACGGAGCAGAAGGUGGAGCUGGAGAAGGAGCUGCAGACUGCGACGGAGCAGAAGGUGGAGCUGGAGAAGGAGCUGCAGACUGCGACGGAGCAGAAGGUGGAGCUGGAGAAGGAGCUGCAGCACAACAUGAAUAAGGCGAUGACUUUAACUGAGAAGUUGAACAUGACUGAAGCAGAAAGAGACGGUCUGUUUGAGAAGGUGACGAGUCUUCAGAAAUCAUCAGAGGAGAAGGAGGAGCUGCUCUCCAAAGUGAGGAGUCUGAGUGAGGCGCGAGAAGAGCUGCAAGAGGCCCUGAAGGCUCUGAGACAGGACAAGAAGCAACUCGGAGCGGAGCUGCAUGACCGGAUGGAACAGCUGCAGCAGCUUGAGGAGCAGCUGGAAACGUUGCAGCAGACUCGCACUAAAGAUGAGGAUGGAAAAACACAGCAGUUACUCGCUGAUACAAACAAAACCGCCGAGGAGCUAACAAGAUCAUCAGAGCUUGAAGAUUCCACACUGCAGCUCCAGGACACCUUCCAGAGAUACCAGGUGUUCAUGGAGCUUUGCUCAAAGUACAACUCCACAUCCAUCAACAAGGCCUCAGGAGUCCAGGGUUCCAAAGACCAGGAGGACUGGGCCUCGCUUCCCAGACGCACCGUCAAGCUCUACGAGGCCGUGUGUGAAAUCGAACCUCAGCAGUUUGUGGCAAAUAUUGCAGACAACUUGGUGGUUUGGACUCGAGGCUACAAGAGUCUGUUUGAGCAGCUGGUCAGCAACGACGUGGCUGUUUUUGAGGAGCAGCGGUUGCAGGACGUGCUGCUGUGCAGAGUCCAGGCUGCAGAAUUCUAUGUCAAAGACGAAGACCUCAGCCCGCUGUGGGCACGCAGGCUGGCAGCGCUGCUGGACAAGAGGCGUCUCUACCUUCAGAAAAUGGAGAGUAAUUUGGUGAAGCUCUGGUCGGUCAUGGUGUCGGUUCCCAGCAUGCUCUCUGCUGAGAUCAGUGAGAUGGAGCGAUUUGACGAGCGGCUGCUUGCGGAGCGGACCAAACGCCCCGUGGACUGCAGUGAGCUGGACGCCAUCCUGAGCUGUGAACUGAACCGUCGGACUGCAUCGUCAACACGCAUAAAGGCGUCUCUGCAGUCCAUCAGUGAGGAGCAGAGCGUCCUGUGUCAGGAGGUGACACUGAUGAAAACUCAGGCUGACGCUCGGCGGCAGGAGCAGAGGAGUAAGAACUGCACUCUGCUACAGAGCCUGGAGGGGGCGCCACUGAAGACUGAGGUCAUCCUGCUGAAAGACACUCAGCAGCUUCUUCUCAAACUACAAGAGUCUGAGGAAAAAAUGAAGAUUCUGCAAGUCCAAAACAAGCAGCUGGAGGAGGCUCAGGUCAAAGCCCACAAAAGGAUCUCCAACCACAAAGAGGCCACCCAGCUGCUCCAGACUGAGCUCCAGGACACCCGCGCACAAGUUGGCGAGAAAGAGAACGCGAUCCAGUCCCUGAAGAUCAAACUGCGCCAGUCUGAGAGCAGUUUUCAUGGAUUUCCUCUUUUUGCAGAAAAUGCAUCACCUGAUGCAGCUGAGCUGGACCUGCAGAAUAAAGUGUUCCAGCUGGAAUUAAAGUUAACUUCUGCAUCCACCAAACACCAGGAGGAGAUGGAGAAGAUGAAUGUGAUCCUCAGGAACAAGGAGGAGGCUGUGAGGAAGCUGAAGGAGACUCUGAGGAAGUCCCAGCAGCAGGAAGAGGAGUCGUUCCUGCAGGGUAAAGACCUUCAUGCCAGACUGACCGAUCCAAAGGGUCUGAUGAUCAAGAACAGCGUUCUUCUGGCCAAAGACAAACUGGAAGAGGAAGUCAAGCAGCUUCAGCAGCGGAUAACUGAGCUGGAAAGCUCUGCAGCCAGUCAGCAAGUUGAGGUCACCAAAUGGAAGAACAGAGCCAUCAAGCUGAAGGGGAGGAACCGCACUGAUGGGGACAGACCUCUGUCCCCCCACACUCCCAAAAAGAGGGACCACUCUGAGACUGCCAACCCCGCUGACCUUCUCAGUCUUCCCAAGAAACCGCUGAGUGCAGCCAAGAUCCUGGACUCUCCCAUAAGGCCCUUGGAGUCUCCAAAGGUCUCGCUCAACUCCCCCAAAAUAGGAUUCUUUGAGGGCCGUGCAGGCUCAGAACUGCUGUCCAGAAACUGUCCCAGACAGUUCUUCGAUAACUCCAGCCUCGGAGCAAUUCCAGACACGGGUACGAGCAAAGAGGAGUAUCAGGUGGUUCCCUCAGUCUCCAAGCAGGAAGAUCUGUGUCGAACCCAAUGAAUUAAAACACUAAAGUUUUAUUUUGAUUUUAUUGUCUUUGUGUUGAAACAUUUAAGAAAUCACUGCAAUAGUAAUAUUU